GAAUAACGCUGUUAACGCGUAUUUUAUUUAUUUUUUCUUUGAGUUCAUUCCGUUAUCAGAGCUCCGUCUCGAGGAUUCUAAAAUUCCAAGAUGGCCGCGCCGCGACCGAAUUCGAAGCGGCGGUUCUUGCUUUCUUUUUUGAAUGUGAUACUUGAAAUAAUAUACAUUGCUUCUAAAUAAUCGAGAAGGGACUUGUGUGCCAUUUCUUCCAGAGCCCCUCUAGAUACGAUUUCCGGGUUCGAUAACGAUCGUUGUCAAUUUUUUCAUUGCAUUUCCCAGCGUGGAAUUCUAAUUUACGUGCAUACGUCCAUCCAUCUCGCGUUGUCCUAACUUGGCAAGUUCAUCUGCAUGUACCUUGCCGUGUCACGACAGAUCUAAAUUACUGACAUACUGAUCUGCAUGUCCUUAUCAUUGCACUAUCGCGAGGAGAUGUAUGCAACUGCGUACACUCGUUAAUGGGCUCCUUUGGGUCGCAGCCACGUCGUAAAUAUGAGUUUUUUCUUCACUUUUAUAACGGCAGUCCUGAAAUUAACGCUAAUAUUAAUAUCUAAACGCUUUGGCGCGAGUAUUAACGUCAAUUAUUCUAGAUGUAAGGUAUCUUAGGCCGAUGUGACAGUGAUAACGCAAGCGCAGACGUUGCAGCUCGGAUGCAAACCGUGGUGGGGCGACUCUUCCCCACCACUAUUCCUGAACCCGAAGAGAACAACUAUAUCCCCCAAUGACCAUUUCAUUUGCGCGCGAUUCUCUCCUUCGGUAGCACGCGAGUAGUUCCCGAUCUGGUGCAAGAACCGCCGUGACGAUAAACAAAUGUUGUUAAACGAACGGCAGUGGAUCGAGGAGAAGAGUGCAUGGUGAUGCGAUGGACGACGAGCAUGUGGAACCCUUCAUAAAUUUAUAGGUAAUAUCGUGAUGAAGGGAAUGUCGAAGAGCACCUUGAACGUUGCAGGAUGGACGUGAACUCCUUGGUCCCUGCGGCUCUUCAAACUGUGCGACUGGACCUUAGCAACAUCCCGGCGGGGUACAAUAAAAUCUCGGAGAAUCUGAGAAAACUGACCCCUCGGGUCAUUCAAUGCGCCAUUUUCUGCGGGGGCUCGCGUUGCAAGUACGAGAAUCCGAAAUCAUGGCUACCGGUCCACAUGGCCAUUCAGGACGUGUACUCGCAUUGGGUAACAGACGACGUCCUCGCGAUGGCGCGUCCCAGCACGACGCAAAUCGCCAAAAAGGACAUAAUCACACAAUUCCACGGUUGGAGCAUCAAGACCAUAAUAAACCUGCAAACUCCGGGAGAACAUGCAAGCUGUGGCGGCCCUCUAGAAGAAAGCGGCUUCACGUACGACCCGAAUGACUUCAUGAAGAACGGCAUAUACUAUUACAAUUUUGCGUGGAAAGACUACGACGAGACCAACGUGGACAAGCUCUUGGACAUGGUCAAGGUCGUGGCCUUCGCCGUGCAGGAGGGAAGAGUAGCGAUCCACUGUCACGCCGGUUUGGGCAGAACGGGCGUAUUAAUUGCAUGCUAUCUGGUGUACAGUCUCAGGGUGAGAGCAAGCGACGCGAUUAGAUUCGUACGCAUGAAGAGGCCGUGUGCGAUCCAAACCCGGGGCCAGAUUGCAUGCAUCCAAGAGUUCGAGCACUUCAUUCUUCCUCAGAUGAUAGUUUUCCCCAUUAACGGAGCUCCAGGAAACGCAAAGCCUUCCAGCCUCCGGUCUCAUCUCAGGAAGCAGCAAAACGUCCUCCACGGGUACGAGCAAAGGACCUUUAAGCACAUCCCGAAGAUCGUCUUCACAAUCUGCGAGCGGAUUCUGCAGCUGUGCGACAGCCAGAACGACAAUUCGCCGGCUGAGAUCAAAUUCGCCGUGUCUAAUGUACCUUUUACGCAGAAAUUCAUAUCGCACGUGCUAGGAUCCUUCCGUGAUAACGGUACGAAGCUGCGACACUCUUACUCCUGGGCGGAGUCCUUCACGGACGCGUCUUUCGACGGUUCUGCCUCGAUGACCAAUUCCAGAGGCAGCAGCCAAGGAUCUACAUUAGAUACUUCCGAAACGAUGGGAACGUUCACCGACGUGUCCUGCACCUCUUCGGACGCCCCGUCCUGCUCCUCCACUUAUUCAGCACUGGACGACAUUUGCGUGGACGAUGUCCUGGGCGAUGGCAUCCAAGAUCAAGAUCUCUUCGAGAACGAUUGCUACAAGGAGAUUCAAUCGCAGAUGAACCUGAAGGCAGCUGCUCGGCACGAAAUGUUCCAUGUUGCUGAGACCGACGAGGUUAUGAGAGCUUUCCUUUGUAGUCAUAGGUUCUUGUCGGAAGAGAGGAAGAAACAACUCCUGGGUUAUCAGGUGGAUCUAAAUACUCGCAGCACUGCGUGGCAACGGCUUGAACUUGAGACGGACUUACAUGUUCUGUCGAAUCUGCUUUUGGAGUGGCUCGAGACAUUGAAACGACCAGUUUUGGAGCUUGACGAUCUGAGCAAUAUCGUCGUUUGGGGCUCUAGGCCGCAGCAGUGCUUUCAGAAACUGGAACAUUGUAAUCGAUAUUUACUUGAGUAUCUGUUACGAUUCCUUUCCCGCCUAAGGCCAAUGACGAACGAAAGUCAAGGCCUCCUUGUUAAGAGGCUCAUGGCUGCACUUACCCAGCAAAGAGUCUGGGUUAACAAGACCUUAUGUCCGGAAGAUAAAAACUUCCAAAGGCUGCGGAACGGGACAGCGGGUAAAUUGAACGAGUUCUUCGUUAGAGUACUGCACCUGAUUGAGGAAAUUAACACCCAGGAAUUUUAUAAAUCAUUCUGGACUGUGAGCUGAACAAGACCCGAAAACUUCAAUACCUUCUUACCGUAGGGAUAAAUGUAUCGCUCCGUUAGAAUUUUUGUAUAGAAUUCUCAACUUACAAGACAGUAAUAAAAAAAAAAUCCGUAAAUA